AUGUUAAUUUACAUGCCAGCGUCCUACAUAAAGAGUCCAGGACAGGGAGCCGGGCAGCACACGGGGCAACACACCUUUCUGCACGCAUACGACAAAGGCACCAGCAGCAAGAAGAAGGGUCAGGAGAAGAGUGAUAUGGUACGCUCAUGUGAACAAGAGAUUCCUGCCUGGGUCUAUGUGGGCACCCUGCUCUUCUUCAUCCACUUCCACUCUGUCACAGUUAGCGGAGCUGCCCUGAAGCCAGAGGCAGCAACAGACAAUGUUGCGACGGUGCUCAACCACUCCAUGAGUUUGGUGAAUCGUAUGGAGACGCUGCUAACAAUGGGUAACGGCAGCGAUGUGACUCUCCGGGUGCAGACCAUCAACACAGACGAGGUGAAGGUGAUCCAGGCCCACAGCUUGGUUCUCACCCUGCAGAGUGACGUGUUUGAGGAACUGCUGCUCACCCGCAACAGCAGCGCUUUGGUUUUGAGGGAGACGCCCGAGUGUGCAGCUGUCUUCGACAAGUUUGUCAGGUAUCUGUACUGUGGUGAUAUCUCAGUGCGGCUAGAUCAGGCUAUUUCUCUGCAUAAGCUGGCCAGCAAGUAUCAUGUGUGGGGCUUGCAGCAGGGUUUGACCCAGUAUAUGACUCAACAUCUCUCCAGUGAUUCACCUACAGGCCAUGUAGUUGGUUGGUACAACUAUGCACUACAAAUUGGAGACAUGACCCUUCGGGACAGCUGUCUGCAGUACCUGUCCUGGAACCUGUCUUCGGUGCUGCAGAGCGGAGAAUGGGGCUCUAUCAGUGAAGACCUGCUCCUCUCCUUGCUCCAGCGCUCUGACCUCAUUCUGCAAAGUGAGCUGGAGCUCUACGAGGCACUGGAGGGCUGGAUUAGCCAGAACCAGCCUGUCAGUACGACGGUGGAGAGCGCCCUCAGGGCUGUUCGAUACGGCAUGAUCCCCCCUCAGCACCUCUUCCGUCUUCAGAAGCAAUCAGCCCUGAUGCAGAAGUAUUACGAGACGAUCCGUGAUCUUCUCUAUCUGGCUUUCCAAUUCCACUCUGCCUCACCUAUACAACUGGCCAAGUACUUUGAUGUCAACUGCAGCAUUUUCACUCCCCGUAACUACCUGUCCUCCUCCUGGGGUUCCCCUUGGGUCAUCAAUAACCCCACCCGUGAUGACCGCAGUUUCAGCUUCCAGACCCAGCUUGGGCCCAGCGGUCAUGACUCCAGUAAGAGAGUGACCUGGAACGCCCUGUUCUCCCCUCGCUGGCUCCCCCUCAGCGCCAGGUCCACCUACACUGAACUGGGUGCCAUGCAGCCCACCCGCACAGAGGGAGGCCGACCUCGCAUUAUUGUUACACCGGCCACUUCCAGCCCAGACUUUGCUGGUGUGAGUUUCCAGAAGACGGUAAUUGUGAUGGCAAGACAGCAAGGAAAAGUGGUGGUUCGCCAUGUCUACAACUUCCACCAAAGUACAGAGGAAGCCGGGGAUUUCCUGGUGGAUGCCGACCUGCAGCGCCGUGCAUCAGAAUAUCUAAUUGACAGCUCCCUCUAUCUGCACAUUGUAAUAAAACCUCUCUACCAUACCCUCCUUGUUGCCAGGAAGUAAAAGCAGGAAUUUGCUGUGGCCUCACCAUCGGUUA